ACAUUCUCCCAUAACAUGGCAAUUUGUGCCGAAUUGUAUAUGUUUUAAUUUUUCAUUUAUUACACGGUUACCAUGUUUUUCACGUUGAAAAAGAGCAUGCCAAACGUAAGAAAUUGAUUAUUGAUUAUAAACGACUUGUUGUAGACCACAGCAGGCGGAUACAUUUUGUUCAGUAAAAUAUUAUCAUACAUAGAUAUUUUUCCCCAAAGACUUUCAGAGUGGAACCCAGACGGAACAGUUUUUGUGUAUGUGUCGGGACAUCCUGGGCGUGAGAUGUAAGGUCACCCAAGGUCACAUGAAAUACUGCACAUGCGCAAUGUGACUACAGAUUCAACAUGGCGGAAGAGAAAGUGGUUGAAUAUUUCGGAGGAAUCGAGGGUGGUGCUACCCAUUCCAAGAUGGUGAUAAUGUCAUCUGACGGAAAAAUUAAAGCUUGGAGUCGAGGACCAAGUACAAAUCAUUGGCUGAUUGGUAUUGAUGAAUGUCUUGAUAGAAUACAUAAUAUGGUUGUAGACGCUAAAUUAACAGCAGACAUUGAUCUAGACAAACCUCUAAAAUCAUUGGGCAUGUCUUUGAGUGGUGGUGAACAAAAAGAAGGUCAAAAGAAAGUUAUUGAAGGAUUGAAGACCCGUUUUCCUAAUAUUAGCGAACAUCAUACAAUGUGUACUGAUACAUUUGGUGCAAUUGCGACGGCGUGUGAUAAUGGUGGUAUAGUGUUAAUUUCAGGUACUGGUUCUAAUUGUCAGCUGAUCAACCCUAAUGGUAAAAUACAUGGAUGUGGUGGAUGGGGACAUAUGCUGGGAGAUGAAGGAUCUGCUUAUUGGAUUGCUCACCAAGCUGUGAAAAUUGUGUUUGAUUCCGAAGACAACAUGAAUGAUGCUCCGUAUGAUGUUACCUAUGUGUCAAAGGCUAUGUAUCAGUUUUUUCAGAUCACAGAAAGACAUGGAAUGUUAGAUCAUGUGUACUCUAACUUUAACAAACCAAAGUUCGCAGAUUUCUGUGUGCGUCUAGCUGAAGGUGCAGUGAAACAUAAAGACGAUUUAUGUUGUUGGUUGUUUAGACAAGCCGGUAAAGUCUUGGCAAGACAUAUAAUUUCAUUAGGACCAAAAAUUGAUGAGUGUUUAUUAAAGGCUGAUGGUGGUCUUCAAAUUGUUUGUGUUGGAUCAGUUUGGAAAAGUUGGGAUCUUCUAAAAGAAGGUUUUCUGGAAGGGUUAAAGCCACGGCAUGAUAGAGAUAUUACUAUUGAAGAAUUCAGUCUGCUUGAUUUGAAAGAAUCGCCAGCUAUCGGUGCGGCUGUGAUAGGUGCUAAAGAGUUUGAUUAUAAUUUAUCAAUUAAAUAUCAAGAUAACGUUGAUGUAUUCUUUCAUCACAAAUUCUGAUUGGCUGUCGUACACCAUGUGACUGAUCACAUGUCCUGUAGUCUUAAUUGCAGUAUAUACUUGCUUUGCUCAGUAAAUAGGCAAACAUCAUGGACCAACCACAUUCCGGCAUUUUCCUGUUUGUUCAACUGUAAUGAGCUUUUUGAACAUAACAUUCCAUUUAAACAUCCCUGCCCUAUCAAAUGCCAAAAACACAAGUUCCUGCCAUAUUUUUUUUUAUCUAGAAUACGUUGUUGUUCUCAUUGAUUCAAUAUACAUGUUCUAUCUGGUCCAUAUGUAAAGGUGUCGGAUGUAGUGAGAAUUUAAUUCUAUUGUGAACUUUACUAUAAAACAAGACCUGUCUAACCAG